CCCGUCCUCAGCGAGAUGCAUAGGGCACGUCUCACUGUUGUCUUGUGAAGCACAUAGGAGGCAAGAUGAGUGUGUUAGUGUUGCUGGUUGUGUGGUCGUCUGUAUCAAUAUCGUCAGUGGACGGUAAAAUCACUCCCAGCUACCGGGAGGUUGAAUUCCUGUACAGCUCCAAUAAGGUGUCAUGGAGCACUGCCUGGGCCACCUGCAAGGAACAUUCAAGUAGUCAUCUCAUAAAUCUCAAGAACAGUGUCAGAAACAACGCCCUCCUUCAUUUCUUUGCAACAGCUGAUGCGACUGCAAUGGAGGGUAACAUGUGGACGGGACUUCACUACGUCCAGUCAGUGACCGGAUGGGAGUUCGUCUGGUCAGGAUGUCAUCCCUUGAAUGUUGCCUUAGCGUGGCCGGAGAACGAGCCAAGUGACCCGACCGUGUCCAGGUGCGUCACGGCCGACAAGGUAGCUCUCAUUCCGCGCACACGUGCAUGCAACUCUACGUUCCUGUUUGUCUGCCGGAGAAUAAACGGUGAUUGUUCCUACACCGACCACAAGAAAAAAAUUUGUGAUACCAAAGGAAGAAGAGUAGUGUUAGAGGGACAACUAAGUCACGGUGAAUGCCGGGACCGAUGCAGCGUGGACACCAAUGGCUCCGACUUGUGCUGGGCGUUCGAGUUUGUCAAGUCAACAAGGGCAUGCACGUUAAUCUUCUCCGCCAGUCCAUACGCCUGUGAAGCACAGGUCCGCGAUGAUGACACCGAUUCGGGAUCCAGGAACUGUUUUGUGUUUACGGACAUCACGGGGAAAAAAGAAAAGAUUGUUGACUCAGAGUAUCCUGUUUCUUCUUGCGUAACUCCAACCACCAUGACACCUACUACAUCUACAGCGACAUCGUCAUUAACAACAACGGUAUCACAAACUUCAACACAAACAAGCGCAUCAUCAGCUGCAACGACGGAAUACAGAUAUACAGAAACGGCCACUGCGACAACAACUACGACACCCAUUACAACAACAACAGCAACCUCUGACUCUGUAGCUAGCACAGAACAGACAUCUCCUGGAACGUCAUCAACGACAGCAUCUGUUGCCAUAGGAUCUGAUCCAACGACCCAUCUCUCAAUCUCGACACCUUCAUCUGCAGCAACGACCGCCACUACAUCUACAACGACGACUAUACCUUCCACUGCAACCACGGCUACAAGAGACACUGACACUCCAACAUCUACCCCAGAUACAUCAAUAGCUGCAUCUUCAGGUAAUUCGACCGGAGCAGCCUACACGCCUUCUCUCACCACCUACCUGUCUCGUCUUGAAGCCACUCUCGCCAGUUCCACAUCUGCCUCUUCCCCGGCAGUUGCCUCCCUUGGUAGGUAUGUCUACGAGGUCUGUGUGUCGGUACAGACUUUCACCGCGGCAGAAAGAAAGAGGCGAACAGACGACAUGGUUGAUGACCUCUCUCUGGACAAGAAGAACCUCUCCUCGUAUCGGAGGAAGAAGUCCAGUGCGGAAGAUGAGCGUCCGUCCGCCCAGCACGUGGGAGGAGGGGUGGCCAUCAUGCUGCUUGUUACAGCGGCGCUCAUCAUCAUCUUGCCUGACUGCACGAGCAUCUUGAUGCACGCGGUGCACAGCAUCAAGAAGAAGCAGCUCGUCGCUGCACAGCAGUAGGUAGCCAUAGGGCACAUCUAAAGCCGCCCUAAAGGAGACACUCUGUAACCCAGUGUUGUAUAAUGAGAAUAAAAAGAAGUUAAACUC